CCGUCGGUGCGUGCCGGAGCCCAUGAAUUGCUCCGAGAGCGCCCGGCGAGGCUGCGCCGCGGCCGCGGGCUCCGGGCACCAUGCAGAAGAGCGUGCGGUACAACGAGGGGCACGCCCUGUACCUGGCGCUGCUGGCCCGCAAGGAGGGCACCAAGCGCGGCUACCUCAGCAAGAAGACGGCGGAGACCAACCGCUGGCACGAGAAGUGGUUCGCCCUCUACCAAAACGUGCUCUUCUACUUCGAGGGCGAGCAGAGCGCCCGCCCCGCCGGCAUGUACAUGCUGGAGGGCUGCAACUGCGAGCGGGUGCCCGCUCCCAAGGGAUGCGCCGCGGGCAGCGCCAAGGAUGCCGCGCUGGACAAGCAGCAUUAUUUUACUGUUCUCUUUGGCCAUGAGGGGCAGAAGCCACUGGAGCUGCGUUGUGAGGAUGAGGUUGAUGGAGAUGAGUGGGUAGAAGCUAUUCACCAAGCAAGCUACUCGGACAUCCUGAUCGAGCGGGAGGUGCUGAUGCAGAAGUACAUCCACCUGGUGCAGAUCGUGGAGACCGAGAAGGUGGCGGCCAACCAGCUCCGGCACCAGCUGGAGGACCAGGACACGGAGAUCGAGAGGCUCAAGUCAGAGAUUGUAGCACUGAAUAAAACAAAGGAAAAAAUGCGACCUUAUCAAGGCAACCAGGAAGAUGAAGAUCCAGAUAUUAAAAAAAUUAAGAAGGUUCAGAGCUUUAUGCGGGGCUGGCUGUGCAGAAGAAAAUGGAAAACCAUUGUCCAAGACUAUAUUUGUUCUCCUCAUGCAGAGAGCAUGAGGAAGAGGAACCAGAUAGUUUUCAACAUGGUGGAGGCUGAGUCUGAGUACGUGCACCAGCUUUAUGUCCUGGUGAACUGCUUCCUGCGGCCCCUGAGGAUGGCAGCGAGCUCCAAGAAGCCGCCCAUCAGCCACGACGAUGUCAGCAGCAUUUUCCUCAACAGUGAAACAAUCAUGUUUCUUCAUGAGAUAUUUCACCAGGGCUUAAAAGCAAGAAUAGCUAACUGGCCUACCUUAAUUCUAGCUGACUUAUUUGACAUUCUGCUGCCAAUGCUGAACAUUUAUCAAGAAUUUGUUCGGAAUCAUCAAUAUAGCCUACAAGUGCUGGCAAACUGUAAGCAAAACAGAGAUUUUGACAAACUCUUGAAGCAAUAUGAAGCCAACCCAGCAUGUGAGGGCAGAAUGCUGGAAACUUUCCUUACCUACCCCAUGUUUCAGAUUCCCAGAUAUAUUAUAACACUUCAUGAACUUUUGGCUCACACACCACAUGAACACGUUGAGAGAAAAAGCCUUGAAUUUGCUAAAUCUAAACUAGAGGAACUUUCAAGAGUGAUGCACGACGAGGUGAGUGACACAGAGAACAUCCGGAAGAACCUGGCCAUAGAGAGGACCAUAGUGGAGGGCUGUGACAUAUUGCUAGAUACCAGCCAAACCUUUAUACGCCAAGGUUCCCUUAUCCAGGUCCCCUCAGUUGAGAGGGGAAAGCUGAGUAAAGUUCGCCUGGGCUCAUUGUCUUUGAAGAAAGAAGGAGAAAGACAAUGCUUCUUGUUUACAAAACACUUCUUAAUUUGUACAAGAAGUUCAGGAGGAAAACUGCAUCUUCUUAAGACAGGAGGUGUUCUGUCUCUGAUAGAAUGCACUCUGGUCGAGGAGACAGAAGCGAGUGAUGAUGAUUGUAAGUUAAAUUCAGCUGUCAGUACAAAAGGCUCUGGGCAAGUGUUUGGACACUUGGAUUUCAAGCUGAUAGUGGAGCCCACGGAUGCUCCUCCUUUCACUGUUGUCCUUUUGGCCCCAUCACGGCAGGAGAAAGCUGCGUGGACAAGUGACAUCAGCCAGUGCAUUGAUAAUAUAAGGUGCAAUGGAUUAAUGACAAUAGUGUUUGAAGAAAACUCCAAAGUCACAGUGCCACAUAUGAUCAAAUCCGACGCCCGUCUUCACAGAGAUGACAUUGAUAUUUGCUUCAGCAAGACGCUGAAUUCCUGCAAAGUGCCCCAGAUCCGCUAUGCGAGCGUGGAGCGCCUCCUGGAGCGGCUGACGGACCUGCGGUUCCUGAGCAUCGACUUCCUCAACACCUUCCUGCACACCUACCGCAUCUUCACCACCGCCGCCGUGGUCCUGGAGAAGCUCUCUGACAUCUACAGGCGCCCCUUCACCUCCAUUCCUGUCAGGUCCUUGGAGCUGUUCUUUGCCACCAGUCAAAACAACAGAGGGGAGUACCUGGCUGACGGGAAGUCGCCACACCUCUGCCGCAAGUUUUCCUCUCCUCCUCCCCUGUCCCUCUCCAGGACCUCCUCGCCCGCCAGGACGCGCAAGCUCUCCUUGACCUCCCCGCUGAACUCCAGGAUCGGCGCCCUGGACCUCUCGGCCUCGUCUGUGGCCAGCAGCCCUACCUCGAGCUACAGCCCGGCCACGUCGCCGCCGCCCACGGGCAGCAAGGCGCCGCUGGACCUGAGCCGGGGGCUGUCGUCCCCUGAGCAGAGCCCGGGCUCGGCCGAGGACAGCCUGGAGAACCCGCGCCUGGACCUCUGCAACAAGCUGAGGAGGAGCAUCCGCAGAGCAGCAGUUCUGGAAACUGUGUCAGUGGACAGGACCAUUCCUGAGAGCGCCUCAGUGGUGGACACUGCAGAGCUGUCCCCGUGCAGGUCCCCUUCGACGCCGCGUCACCUGCGCUACCGGCAGCCGGGAGUGCAGACUGCUGACAACAGCCACUGCUCGGUGUCUCCUGCUUCUGCUUUUGCCAUUGCCACAGCAGCAGCCGGGCACGGGAGCCCACCAGGGUUCAACAACUCGGAGCGCACGUGCGACAAGGAGUUCAUCAUCCGCAGGGCCGCCACCAACCGCGUCCUCAACGUGCUGCGCCACUGGGUCUCCAAACACUCACAGGAUUUUGAGCUGAACAACGAGCUGAAAAUGAAUGUGUUAAAUUUGUUGGAGGAAGUUUUGAGAGACCCUGACCUUCUGCCACAAGAAAGGAAAGCCACUGCAAACAUACUGAGGACUCUUUCUCAGGAUGAUCAAGAUGAUAACCAUUUGAAAAUAGAGGAUAUCAUUCAGAUGGCAGACUGCCCCAAGCCCGAGUGCUUCGAGACGCUGUCGGCCAUGGAGCUGGCGGAGCAGAUCACCCUGCUGGACCACGUCGUGUUCCGCAGCAUCCCCUACGAAGAGUUCCUUGGGCAGGGCUGGAUGAAAAUGGAUAAAAAUGAGAGAACACCCUAUAUUAUGAAAACUAGUCAACAUUUUAAUGAUAUGAGCAACCUGGUGGCCUCUCAGAUCAUGAGCUACGCGGACGUGCCCUCGCGGGCCAGCGCCAUCGAGAAGUGGGUGGCGGUGGCCGACAUCUGCCGCUGCCUGCACAACUACAACGGCGUGCUGGAGAUCACCUCGGCCCUCAACAGGAGUGCCAUCUACAGGCUCAAGAAAACCUGGGCAAAGGUGUCCAAACAGACAAAAGCACUCAUGGACAAGCUUCAGAAGACUGUGUCAUCUGAGGGAAGAUUUAAAAACCUGAGAGAAAUGCUCAAAAACUGUAACCCACCUGCUGUUCCCUACCUUGGGAUGUACCUGACUGACCUGGCAUUUAUUGAGGAAGGAACACCCAACUUCACUGAAGAAGGCCUUGUCAAUUUCUCCAAAAUGAGAAUGAUCUCGCACAUCAUCAGGGAAAUCCGCCAGUUCCAGCAGACCUCCUACCGCAUCGAGCACCAGCAGAAGGUCACUCACUACCUGCUGGACAAGACCCUCAUCAUGGACGAGGACACCCUGUACGAGCUGUCCCUGAAGAUCGAGCCGCGGCUCCCGGCCUGAGCCCUGCCCAGCCCUGCACACAGCUCUGGGGGGGAUCCGCGCCUGCCACCGCCCAAACACAGCCAGGGACGCUCCCACCAGAGCGCCAGCUCUCCUUCCAAUAAGAGUCUCACAGCCUUUCCCUCUCAGGCAACACAACCCCUGUGUUGGAGGUGAAAGCCAAAGACCCUUCCUACCCGGCUUAAGCGAUUUCUGCUUUGCAAAGAUCAUGUGUGGCACUAGGGACCAUGAUUUCCUGGAAAGCAGGAGACUUUCCUGUGAACAGGCACUCACUGCAGCCGUCUCAUGUGGCAAAUCAAGGGUACAGAUUUAAAUGGUGGUAAUGGACUCAGGUGUGUUAGGAUAAAUAAGCAAAGUGAGGUGGCUGGGUUGAUGGCUAACUAUGUGUUCACUGAGGCAGUAAUGGCUGUGGUGUUCUCAUCGUGUUAAUUUCAUUGAAAAUGCAGGAUUUUAGCACUCAUCUACUGCUUUGGAGUGAUAUUAAGACAGCAUCUAGUAACUUCAGAUCUGCAGUUGUUCAAAACACCUGCUGUACAUUUCAUGCUACUCAUUGCAAAACAUUUUCUUCUUUAAAUGUCUCAUCAGCCUUUUCUAAGGUGACUGAUUGUAUCUAUAAAAAGUAUUUGUAAAUAUGUUUUCCAUCAGUGAGAGUAUUUGCAGCAUGGGAAGCAAAUGGACUGGUGGAAUAGUUGUAAAUAGUUGCCAGCUGGGAGGGUGAGGGACCCAGAGGAGUGGUGCAGGGGAUGGGGAGCACACAGCUCUGGAAGAGGCACUUUAUUUUCCUGCACCUCCUGCAGCUUCCCUGACAAGUCAGGCUACAGGGCACAUUCUGGACACACUGUGCAGAGAAAUACUUGUCUGUCUGGCAGCAGGUGGUGAUCAGCAGUGAACACUUGGAGCUGCAGUGGCAGUUUUGUUUUACGUGGAAUCAGUGGUGUGAAAGAUGUCCUUUUUUUGGGGUCGUUUUUGAGGGUUUUUUUGGUUUUUUUUUGGUUUUUUUUCGUUCAGCCAUUUGGCGAUGACUUAGCUGUAAAACUGAACGUGUCAGUGGCAAACAUUGAACGCCAGCAAACACAAAGUAUGUAUUUUUAUCUGAGCUGGUAAUUAUCACUUGCUUUUGUUUGAGAAAAUGUGCUAUUUGUAAAUGUUUUCAGAGCCUAUGCUUUUGUGACAUACCAGGUGGACAGAUGUCAUUUCUACAGUAGUUGUUGUACUUCUUGUAUUUUCCUCAUCAAGAGUGGCCUGUUGUAUCUGCAUGGGAAGUGAGCUCAAAUGCUGUACAGGGCAUCAUAGUAUAAAACACAGGUGUUAGCACUGUCGAAAACAAAAAUUGGCUGGAAAAGUGUCCUUACUUUUCCAAUGAUACUCAGCCAGUUGAAGAAAUAGGGCUAUAUCACCGUAUACCUCCCUUAAAUCCUCUCAGGGAGACAGAUGUUUAAAACAGAUUGUGACUUAGGCCUAUUUGAUCUGACAUCUCUUACACAGUCGUGAUGCUUCUUAACGCUGGCGAUGAACAAUGGACCUGCCUGGCUUGUGGUUGUUGUCUUUAUUUGCACUUUAAUUACAUUGCUGGCCCAGCCCAGAGCUGCACAACGAGUUCCAUUUGUUCUGUCUGAGUGUGAGCGGCCAGCAUCUACAAAUGUACCUUAGCAACUGUAAAUUUCAUUAAGGUCCUUCUCCACAAGGACCAUCUCCUUGUAAAUAACUGCAUGGGGAGGUGUCGAAGGGACUGGAAAAUUCCUCCAUUAGAAAAGCAGACAGCAGGAGAGAAGGACAUGCUAGGAACACUUUAAAUAGUUCUGGCUGAUGGUUACUGUAGAAAUGUUACUUAUAGAAGCUUUUUGUUGUUAAAAAAUGUGUUUGUUUCUUCUGACUAAUGAUCGACAAGAAGCUGAUUGCAUCCCAAUGCAUGAUAUGAGGAGAAAAAAAAACGAGCAUGGUUUAUUUGGACCACAAAACCAACUGACUGUGGAUUCUCUGUGCAAAAGCAGUUACCAUUCAGCAGUUCGAUGAAACACUUUGAAGUAAUGGAGCAGCAGGGAAAACGUGGUCCAAAAAGUGAUUUCUUAAUGUUGUUUCUGUUGUUUCUCUGUUAACAAGGAAAACGUGUAACAGCGGUCAGUGUGAAUGGGCAUCUCUGUUGUACGCUGUGAAGUGCUGCUUUAUCUGCCUGUACCCGGUUUUACCAAAUCUCGAUGUUCUUAGGGUUACAGGGUCCGAAUGCUCGUCGUGCUCGUGUCCGAGUUCUUGCUGUGUGCUUCUCACGCUGCUCCGUGCAUCAGCGCUGGCUCGCAGGGCUGUGCUGGAAAUCGCUGCAAGCCGCUCGUUCAGCCCCUCGGGGAAAGCACGUCCCGCUCCUAUGCCAAAGGUUGCCUCUUGCCCCGGUGGCCGGUUUGGGUCAGAAUCGGGAGAGUUGGAUGCUUGAUCUGUGUUCGUAGCAGCAGCAGCAGAAUUGUUUAAAAAUUGUCGUGGUUACGGUAAUGUUUGACUUGCUGAUGGCUUCACGUCGAUGUUUUCGCUUGGGGAUACAAUGCUUUUGUUAAAGCACAGGGAGAAGCGAGGAUGCGCCUCGUCGCCCACGGCCCCUGCCGGGGCUGCAGCGGUGAGCGCGGCUGGAAGCGGCUGGAAACAGCUGGAAACAGCUGGAAGCAGCUGCUCUGCAGCCCCCGCGGCCGGGCCUGGGCUCGGCGCUGCCCCCGGAGCGGCCCGAGUGCCUCAGCCGCG